AUGGCCGGAGUAUUCGACCUCUGUUGCAUUUUCCUUGGGUUUUACGUCCUUUGUGUCGUCGCAAGCGAACUUGCUUACAGAUACUCGAAGGGGAAGUACAAGUGGAUUAAAAGAGAAUUGAAGUUUUUGAGUGCUCUUCUUAAAGAUUUUGACGAGGUUACCAUGUCAGGGAAUCCAAUAACACAGGAAAUUGGAGUGACUGUGCAAGUAAUGAAGGAGAGGGAGGAAAACUGGAAGAAGAGAGCAAGAACUGUUGCUGAUGAAGCAACCUUGGCCCUUCAAAGCUUUGCAAAACUGACGAAGAGAAGAAGUUAUCACAAGCGGCUUCUUUACGUCAUUCUUGAUCCGGUUGCGGUGGUUGAUGCUGUCCUUGCAAUGAACAUGUUCGAGCAGAGGAUAAAUAAUAUUGUUGGGAUGAAUCGGAAAGGAGUGAAGCAGACCACAGGUGCCGGUGACAUUAAUGUAUCACUGGAGCAGUCAAGGUCCAAGAUCAGAAGCCUUAUGAAUAGAUUCAGUGUUGAUGAGAUUGAGUCGUUCAUGUCCAGACCACCAAGAGCUGAUGAAUUGACUUUAUAUCCAAAGUACGUGAUGACUGGAGACCUAGAUUUGUUGUGUGGCAUUCAUCAUGAGCAAAUAAAGUCCGCCGCGAUGCAUUUACAGCUACUGCAUGCUUUCAUGGAAGAUUUACAGGGGCUCAAAGUGGUGGAAAGUGAUAUGGAAAGGUGCUGGAUGACAGAAGCAAUUGAAACCAUUGAGGAAGCAAAGGCAGUCAUCAACAGAAACCAGAGAAUGUGGCUUUCAGAAUUCAGUGAUGGGAUGGCCAGGCGGAAGCUGAAGAAGGGUAUAAUGCACAUUGGCGCCCGCAUCUCUGACCUUCAGGAAACAAAAGAAAAAUAUGGUAUCAAAUUCAUCCGGCGACAAUCAUCAAAAUCUGCCGACAGGUUUUCUCAACAGCAUGCCUCUCAAUACCUUCCAACUACAGAUGAUACUUGUUUGUCAUCUCCGGUCAGGAACAUUCGUAAUUGGCUCAGUCAAGUGCAAGAAACAAGCACCAACUCAGUACAAGAUGAGUUGGAGCAGGUUCAUAAACUCUUGCAACAUACAAAAGGAACUGAAGAUUAUGGUGCUGUUAAUUUAAGAAAUACUUGCUGGGAGCUACUGAAAAAAAAAGCAUCCGAAGCAGAUCAGCAAUUGAUGUCAAACAUUCCCUCAAGAAUGAUAUUAACCCGAAUUAAGAAUACUCUUAGUCUUCUUCUGAGAUGCCUACAAGUAUAUUCAAUUGAGGUAAGGGUGGAUUCAUGCUCAGUAGUUGGUUUGGAAGAAGACAUACAUGCACUGGUCUCAACUCUCACUACUGAAAGUGGAUCUGCUAGUUCUAUCAUAUCCAUUGUGGGGAUGAAAGGCAUCGGUAAGACCACACUGGCCAAGAAAGUAUAUGACCAUGAUGCCAUUCGAAGCCAUUUUAAAGUCCGUCGUUGGGUAUCUAUACCUCAACAGUAUGAUGAUGAAAACGCACUUUUCAGUAGUGCGGGAAACCAGGUGCUGGAGACGCAAAAUAAGGGGUAUGAAAAACAAUUUUUGAUGAAAUCAAUGCAGGAUUUCUUCAAGGAACUUGGUAAGAAAAACUCCAGGUGCCUCUUAAUUUUUGACAAUGUCUCAUCAAACAAAGAAAUGUAUGCUCUCAAGACAGCAUUUUCCCCAGGGAGAAAUGGGAGUAUUGUUCUAAUCACACGCAACAAGACCGUUGGUUCAAAUGCUGAUCAAAAUAGCAUUCCCCACCAAGUUCGGCUACGAACUAAAGAAGAGAGCUGGGAGCUUUUUAGCCAAAUGGUGGAGUUCUCUGCUGAAGAAAUGACUAGUGCAAAGGAAGUUGUAGGAUGGAAACUUGGAGGCCUCCCACUUGACAUCAUGACUGUGGGCUUUCUACUGUGGGGGAAGAAAGUCACAUCCGAGGAAGUUUUCAGGGCGGUUGACCGUAUCACUCAAGGACAGAACCAAAGUCCAUGGUCAGAGAAUCUGGUAAUGAUUGAAGAAGAGUUACAGUUCCAUAUGAUUCUGAGAAAAUGUUUUUCUUAUUUCAAACUCUUCCCUAGAGAAUCUGAAAUCCCCAUUAGAAGAAUUCUGGCUUCCUUAGUUGCACAAGGGUUUGUACAACUAAGCAGAGAUCAGAAAAUAAAUCUAGAAAGUGUAGCAUUGGAGUAUUUAUCAGAGUUGAUUGGCCGGAGUAUGAUUCAAGUAGUUCAAAGGAAGCCUAAUGGAAUGUUCAAAACAUGUCGCAUGCCUCCUGCUGUGCAUGAUCUCUUGUUUGAAGACAAAGCCAAACAAUCAUUCUCAUACGCAACUACAGGUUUUGAUGGGCAACUUGCCUUUCAGUUUGAUGAUAAUGGUACUGGUGCCAGUUUCCUUCCCAUUUAUGGUCUCAACACAAGUUUGCCAAAUGCUCUGCGGAAAGAAAGAAUUCUAGUUUUUGAGAAUACAGAAGGAAACAAACCAAGAAUGGAAGGUGAAUUUCUUGGCAGACGCAUUAGGGCUGGUGCCUUCUCGCAGCUACUGGUUCUAGACUUUGAAUGUGUAAGCGUCUCUCAAUUGCCAACAAUCCUUGGAAAACUAAAGCAGCUGGCAUAUCUUGGCUUAAGACGGACUGAGCUGGAGACGAUUCCAGCAUCUAUAGGGAACUUGGUGAAUCUUCAAACCCUGGAUUUGAAGCAUACUCAUGUUCACACUCUCCCUGGUUCAAUUUGGAAACUGAAGAAUCUUCGGCAUCUAUACAUGCACCAGAGAUGUCGAAUCAAAUUUAUGGCUUUACCAACAGCCAUUUCAAUGAGGAAUCUGCAGACACUAUCAGGUAUAUUCUUGGGUAAGAUUAACCUUGUAAAGGACCGGCUUGACAAGUUGAUCCACCUUCGAAAACUGGAAUUGGCAUUCCAGCUGAAACCAACAGAGCAAAAGGUGUUGGAAAAGUGGAUUGUGAAGCUAACAUGUUUACAGUCUUUAAAGUUGAAAUCAUUUAGUGCAAAUGGUGAACUUCCAAAGCUAGAGCGUAUCUCAGACCUUAAGAACCUGCACAGCCUAUAUUUAUUUGGAAAGCUUGAAUACUCAUUCAUCACUCGACUCCCUGAAAGCCUCACUCAUCUUACCUUAGCAGCUUCUAGCCUCAGAAACGAUCCAAUGCCAGAGUUAGGGAAGCUUCCAAAGCUGAAAUCACUCUCACUGAAGUCUGGUUCUUAUCAAGGAACAGGCAUGGUAUGCUCUACUGAUUAUUUUCCCCUGCUUUUUGUUCUCAAACUUUGGAAUCUAGAUACUCUGGGGAAAUUGGAUGUGCAUGAAGGAGCAAUGCAAAAUCUUAGCGAGUUUGAGAUUAAAUUUUGCAACAACUUUACAAGCACUACUGGAUUGGAACAUUUAAAGAACCUUCAGAAAUAUAGAGUGAACUGA